AUGGCUACUGCCAGUCACAGUGCGCGGUCAUUUGUUUCCCGUCGGUUCCGUUCGGUUUCUAUCCGGUUGGUGCGUGAGUGUGUUGCGUACUGAGCUUUCGUGAGCCUUCAAGCUGACCGCUAACUUUGAGAAGUUGUUCCAGCAGGGACCAGCGUAGAACACGUGUGGCAAGGUCCAGUGCCAACAACGGAACCUUCAAGCAUCUUCUCCGGUGCACAUUUUUUUCGUUUUUUAUCUAAUAUUUUACCUGCUAUUUGUUAUGUGUGGAAAAAAGUAAUCUUAACCGUUUGAAGUUGUGUAAACGCACCAGACAAAGAUUUUGGUAUUCGUACUAAUAAGUUACUAACGAACUGCAAUUAUGUCAAAUGAGAAAAAAGACCCCGGAGGGGUCGGGCUUCAGAUCGAGGCACCGUCCCCAGUGCCCUCCAAUUCGAUCCUGAAUAUGAACGUGAACAUCAACUUGCCGGUACCACUUACGAUGGAGGAGAAGAAGUAUCUUCUGGCCGUCGAACGAGGUGAUGCAGCUACUGUUAAAAGGAUUCUCCAACGUGCCCACCGACGCCAUCACAUCAACAUCAACUGUGUGGAUCCGUUGGGCCGCGGUGCUCUCACAUUGGCCAUCGAUGGCGAAAACCUGGAGAUGGUCGAACUGCUCAUCAUUAUGCAGGUGGACACAAAGGACGGCCUACUGCAAGCGAUCAAUGCCGAGUUCGUGGAAGCUGUCGAGCUGCUCCUGGAGCACGAGGAACUCAUCCACAAGGAGGGCGAACUUUAUAGUUGGCAAAAAGUGGACAUGAACACAGCAAUGUUCACCCCAGAUAUCACUCCACUGAUGCUGGCUGCUCACAAAAACAACUACGAGAUCCUGAAGAUUCUAUUGGAUCGUGGAGCGACCCUUCCCAUGCCACACGAUGUUAAGUGCGGUUGCGACGACUGUAUCCGGAGAUCAUCGGAAGACUCCCUCCGACACUCGUUGGCGCGUGUCAACGAGUAUCGUGCUUUGGCAAGCCCAUCGCUGAUCGCUCUCAGCUCCCAAGAUCCUCUUCUAACGGCUUUCCAGCUUUCGUGGGAAUUGCGAAACCUCGCAUUCGCUGAACAGGAAUGCAAAGCUCAGUAUCUCGAACUGCGUCGCCAAUGUCAGAGUUUCGCCGUAGAUCUACUGGAUCAGUCACGAAGUUCGCAAGAGCUGGCCAUCAUUCUGAACUACGACCCUGACUCACCUCCCUACAUGGAUGGGGAUCACAUGAAGCUAACCCGAUUAGAACUAGCAAUCGAUUACAAACAGAAAAAGUUUGUCGCCCAUCCGAACAUCCAGCAACUGUUGGCCGCAAUGUGGUACGAAGGAGUUCCUGGCUUCCGACGAAAAUCUGCGAUGGAAAAGAUUGCGAUCAUCACCAAAGUGGCCGUUCUGUUCCCGUUCUACUGUAUGAUGUACAUGAUAGCUCCUUCUUGUGAAACGUCCAAGUUUAUGCGAAAACCGUUCAUGAAGUUCUUGAUCCACGCCUCAUCGUAUCUAUUCUUUUUAUUCCUCUUGAUCUUGGUGUCACAGCGAGCUGAAGUUCAGAUUGUACUGCUAUUUGGGACGGACAGUAUGAAACGAGCGCUCCAGGAAGAAUUGGCCCGUCAACGAGGCAACGGACCGACUUAUCUGGAGUGCCUCGUCGUAAUCUAUGUGAUAGGUUUCAUAUGGGAAGAAACGCAGGAGAUCUUCAUCGAAGGCAUCCGAAACUAUCUGAAAAACAUGUGGAACUUUAUCGAUUUCUCCCGGAAUUUUCUGUACUGCUGUGUUGCGAUGUUGCGAGUGAUCGCUUACAUCCAACAGACCUCGGAGAUCAACAAGGACCCCAGUACGGCUUACAUCGCCCGAGAACACUGGGAUGACUUCGAUCCGCAAUUGAUCGCGGAGGGGUUGUUCGCGGCGGCUAAUAUUUUCUCGGCUCUGAAGUUGGUCCAUCUGUUCUCGAUCAAUCCGCACUUGGGACCGUUGCAGAUCUCUCUCGGUCGAAUGGUGAUCGAUAUCGUCAAGUUCUUCUUCAUAUACUCGCUAGUGCUGUUUGCUUUCGCUUGUGGGCUGAACCAACUGUUGUGGUAUUUUGCCGACUUGGAAAAGUCAAAAUGCUACAGCUUGAAGGGUGGACUACCGGAUUGGGACAACCAGGGAGAUGCCUGCAUGAAAUGGAGACGCUUUGGAAAUCUAUUCGAGUCAUCGCAGUCACUGUUCUGGGCCAGUUUCGGUAUGGUCGGGCUGGAAAGCUUCGAACUGGCGGGCAUCAAGUCGUACACUCGCUUCUGGGGUUUGCUCAUGUUCGGAUCGUACUGCGUGAUCAACGUGAUUGUCCUACUGAACCUGCUUAUCGCUAUGAUGUCCAAUUCGUACGCGAUGAUUGACGAACACUCGGACACGGAAUGGAAGUUUGCCCGUACCCGGCUGUGGAUGAGCUACUUUGAAGAGAGUUCGACACUGCCGCCGCCGUUCAACAUUUUCCCGAACAUGAAGCACGUGAUGAGGCUUUGCGGCAAGAAGAAGAAGCGCGACAUCAAAAGGGAGUCCACUAUUCGCCGAAAGGAGGAUAAAGAACGCGCGGAACGGUACACCAACGUGAUGCGGUCUCUUGUUUGGCGGUACGUUUCAGCCAUGCAUCGCAAGAUGGAAGAGAAUGCCGUCACCGAGGACGACAUCAACGAAGUCAAGGGCGAGAUCUCCGCCAUGCGGUACGAGCUCUUGGAAAUCUUCGAGAAGAACGGUAUGGACGUUUCGGCAGCUGAUCGUAAGGAGAAAGCUGUCCUCGCCAAGCGCAUGAAGAUCUGGGAACGUCGUCUAAUGAAGGACUUCCACGUGGCGCCUGUCGAUAUGCAGGACAAUGCACUGGAAGAAGAAGACGAGGAGGAAGACGCCAACCCAUUGGCAAGAUUCCGACGUGUGGCCAGGAAGGUAGCCACACAGACGACCUCGGCCAAGUGGGGUCAGGUCAUGUCCGGUGUUGGCAUUGAAACCAACUCGCAGAUCGGUCGCUGCAAGAACCGGGACAGUUUCCGGCAGCAGCAACAGCUUCAGAAGGCAAUGAAUGAAGCUCGUCGGCUGGUAGAGCGGAGCCCUCUGCCGCGAUCAAGAAGUGCUUCGCCAAUGAUGGACGGAUACGAAGACGAAACUACCAAUACACUGUUGCAGUUGAUCAACCAAUUGGCCGAAGAAACGGGAGGUGACGUCUCGCCAGGAAAUACACUACAUGCCUCAGGCAAGCACAGUCGUUCUACGACUCCGCUGAACAUGCUCACAGCUCAGUUGCAGACCAUGUUGAGCAAAACUCCAUCGCCAAUGCCGAUGAAAUCGUUGAAAACUGGAGAUGCUAGAACACCUGGUAAUCUGAGUCGUUCACCAGCGCCACGAAUGGAAGGUAAAACUCCAUUGGCUUCCAUAAGCGGCAGCAAACCUACUUCUCCCGAACCAUCUGCUCCCGUAGAGACGAAAACCAAUUUGGGAGUAAGAUCUCCUCCAACAAUCAAAUCUCCUCCUCCAAUGAAGAGUCCCAUUCAACCAGUUCAAUCCCCUCCUCCAAUGAUUCGCAUUACCAGCACUGAAUCUCAGUUGAUUAAGAAAUCGGAAUCCAACGACAGUCUUGUCGACGCUGCCCCAACUGUUGAGAUCAAACCUCCAACUCCACAGCCCUCGAAGCCUUCUUCGCCAGUUCUACCGAAAUCAGAUGCUCCGGGUCAACCAGAACCAGUAAAAAAGGUUGAAGAAAAACCAGGCGAAACAGUAGUCCAUGCGGAUGACCCUUCUCCGCUAGUGGCAGGAGUUAACUCACCGCCAAAGGUCAUCAAACGUAAGGCUCCAACGCCGUCAGCACCAGACGCUGCAGCAGCUGGAGAUAUUGCCGUAUCUCGCCCGAUUGCUGCUAAGCCGCAACCUGGCCAGGGAAUGCUACCUCCUCCUCCAAGCAAAGAAGAACAGACUCCAGCCCCAUCAAAUAUCUCUAUCCCAGUCCUUUCCACGACCCCAGCCACACCUCUCCCAGCUACCAAGAACCUUGGAGCUACCCCUAAACAGCCAUCUCCUGCUUCAGUACCACCCCCAAUAGCACCCAAGCCGCAAUCACCUCCACCAGUGCCUCCCAAAGUGACAUCGCCACCGCCCACGGUCAAAGUGGAGACCAUGGCCGAACAGCAGCAGCAGUCGGAGGUGACUUCGAGUACCGAAAAACUGAUCGGUAGCAGCAGUGGAGAUCCUUCGGCAGACGCUGCACGGGCUGCCUCCUCGCCAACCUGUCUCCGUCCGAUCAACAAAAUUGCCGAUGUGAAAACUAUCAAACGGCAGCCCAAGAGUGGUUGGUUGUAAAAGCGACAAUCGUGGAAAGUUGGUGGUGGUUGUGUGGGUUAUUCGCCAAAAGUCUGCUUUUGAUACUUAUUCCAUAUUUGCUAUUCAUAUUUUAAACUUUCAACCUCAUUUUAAUUGGCGUGUAGGUAUUUUAGCAAUAAAAGUGAUAACAUGGGGAAAACGUUGCCAAAGAAGUGAAAUCUAGUCUAUAUCUAUACAACUGUUGAGCAAAAUAUUCAAAACUGUAUCUGAAUAAGAAAGGAUGUCGUGAUACACUGAAGUAACUAUUAAAAUAUGCCAUCUUUGAAAAUA